GCCAUGCAACAAAAUAAACAUGAUCACCUAGUACAACAAGAUUAUUUCUAACAGCACUCAUCCCCUUCCUUAUCUGCCGCCACACCAGAGCUGGGUUCGUAGGCAGCCAACUCCGCCGCGCCGCACCCCUCUACUCCAUCUUCCUCCGCGCCAUCCCCUUCCCGUCGUCUUUCCGCCGCCGGCGACUCUCCGAUUCGCUCGCGGCCGGAGUAGCGGUUCGGCGGCUCCCUCCCUCCCUCUCUACUAAGGUGAGAUUUGCAACGAGAAAGAUCGUUUGGCUUCGCUAGGCUCCUUCCUGCCUCCGAUGGGAUAUAUUUUUUUUUAUUCGCUCCGAUGGGAAGUUUUAGUCCAAAACGAACACAAAUAAAUGCAACCGGUGGUCUAUCUCUAACCCUAACCCAAAUAUGCGGGAGACACCGAUCUAGAUAGAUCUCCCAACAGUUGUUCGUGGUGGGGGAGAAGAAGAGCUAGGGCAAUCCAAUCAAUCUUUAGUAAGAUUCCUUAAUUUGGGGGGCGAUGAGUAUUCGUCGGUUUGUUUAUCUGGUGUUGGAGGAGUUUGCUCCCCGCCGCAGCAACUACACACUGCGCAACAUAGACAUGGAGCGCUUCUUCCUGCCACGUCCAUCCCCGGUGCCAUUCGUGGCGUCAGGCACCGACGCGGCGGAGUAUGCGAGCCUGCCUUGCCCAGCCAUGACCUUCUACCCUCCAUUCUCCAAGUUGCCUGGGAAACAGCAGAUGGAAUUCUUGCUCCUUGGAGGCAAUCAUAACAUGGUGGUCGCCGCCGACCAGACUUGCCGCACUGUCCUCUAUGACCCCGGCGAGCACGCCGUCCGCACCUUGCCCGCCCUUCCCUACCAACUGGAAUUGCCUACUGCUUCCGUCACUGUUGGGGACGACCUCUAUAUCCUUGACCAUGUUGAGGUCGGAAACGUCCCCUGCUUCCAUGGGCUCAUUUACGAGGAUAGAUUAAAUGAGGACUGGUGCUGCUGCGCUCUCCCGCCGCCGCCGCCACUGCUGUCCCACAAGUCUGACUUCCAAGUCGACUCCUAUGCGGUGGUUGGUGACACGGACAUCUGGAUAUCCACGCACGAUAGUGGCAUCUAUUGCUUCAACACAGUGAGCCAUGUGUGGAGCACAGUGGCCACCGGCUGGACCCUGCCAUUUGUUGGUCUCGCCGAGUAUUGCCAGGAGCACGGCCUUUGGUUUGGCCUCUCACACACUAGAGACAGGAGGAGCUUGGUCCUCUCCGCUUUGGACCUUGAUAGCAGCCAUCUGCCAGUGCUUCUCAGCCUUCCUCUGGAGUUCACGCCACCCGAUGCCCUCAAGCUUGUCAGCUCAUACCUUGUGAACCUAGGCUCUGCCAAGUUCUGCAUCGCCAGGUUAUUCCAGACUGAUGAGGACCAGCGUGAUGGCGAGGAGCUGUUUGCAGUGUUGACCGCCGUCGAGGUGGAACGCUGCGAUGACGACGAUGCUGGUGCCAAUGGUGGAGGGCUCCGCAUGCUGAAGCACAGGUCUGAGAUGUACAAGCUCACCAGUGAAAUGAUGUAUUGGGUGCUUUAGUCGUGUGGGACUUUAGUUAUUGCCAAGGGCCUCAAAUUACUGAACCAAAGCAAUGAUUUGAGGCCCUACUUUACUCUUCCUGAGCUAGAUCAGGAAGGAUAAAGGUUUUGUCAUGUUCAAUAGCAGGUCUGCUGUAUCGACACAAUAAUACGAUAAAAUGGUUUUAAAGGGAAUCAUAUGAAUAUGUGUCCGAUCUUUUGAGUUGUGUCGUUGUUGUUAUUUGUAAUCAUUUUGUGAUCAGAUAUGGCAAUAAAUUUAUUUCGUUUCAGUCAA